CGUCGGCGGUUCCUGCCUGGGCCUGUGAGCGGCGGGCAACUUUGAGGGGAACAGCGGCGGCGGAGGGGCUCGGCAACGGCGGCAGCGGCUCGGCUGUGGUGAUUCUCUGUCCAGCCCGUGUCAAAGCGGGCAUUUCAGUCCAGCCCGGGCUCGCUGGGGCGGCGGCGGCGGCGACCCGAGGCCUGCGGCCUAGGCCUCGCUUCAGCGGCGGUCUCGAGUGCUGCGCGGAACCGGCGUGAGGGCCCUACCUGGCGGCACCAUGAGCGUGGAGGCGUACGGGCCCAGUUCGCAGACCCUCACUUUCCUGGACACUGAGGAGGCCGAGCUGCUUGGCGCCGAUACUCAGGGCUCCGAGUUCGAGUUCACCGACUUUACCCUCCCUAGCCAGACUCAGACUCCCCCCGGCGGCCCGGGCGGCCCUGGAGGUGGAGGCGCUGGAGGCCCGGGCGGCGCGGGAGCAGGCGCUGCGGCGGGACAGCUCGACGCGCAGGUUGGACCUGAGGGCAUCCUGCAGAAUGGGGCUGUGGAUGACAGUGUGGCUAAGACCAGCCAGUUGUUGGCUGAAUUGAACUUUGAAGAAGAUGAAGAAGACACCUAUUACACAAAGGACCUCCCCAUACAUGCCUGCAGUUACUGUGGAAUACAUGAUCCUGCUUGCGUGGUUUACUGUAACACCAGCAAGAAGUGGUUCUGUAAUGGACGUGGAAAUACUUCUGGCAGCCACAUUGUAAAUCACCUUGUGAGGGCAAAAUGCAAAGAAGUGACUCUACACAAGGAUGGGCCCCUAGGGGAGACAGUCCUGGAGUGCUAUAACUGUGGCUGUCGCAAUGUCUUCCUCCUCGGUUUCAUCCCUGCCAAGGCUGACUCUGUAGUGGUGCUGCUAUGCAGGCAGCCCUGUGCCAGCCAGAGUAGCCUCAAAGACAUCAACUGGGACAGCUCACAGUGGCAGCCACUGAUCCAGGACCGUUGCUUCCUGUCCUGGCUGGUGAAGAUCCCUUCUGAGCAAGAGCAGCUGCGGGCACGCCAGAUCACAGCACAGCAGAUCAACAAGCUGGAGGAGCUCUGGAAGGAAAACCCUUCGGCUACCCUGGAGGAUCUGGAGAAGCCCGGGGUAGAUGAGGAACCGCAGCAUGUCCUCCUGCGGUACGAGGACGCCUACCAGUACCAGAACAUAUUUGGGCCCCUGGUCAAGCUGGAGGCUGACUAUGACAAGAAACUAAAGGAGUCACAGACUCAAGAUAACAUCACGGUCAGGUGGGACCUGGGCCUUAACAAGAAGAGAAUCGCCUACUUCACUUUGCCCAAGACUGACUCUGGUAAUGAGGAUUUAGUCAUAAUUUGGUUAAGAGAUAUGCGGCUCAUGCAGGGAGAUGAGAUAUGCCUGCGGUACAAAGGGGACCUUGCGCCCCUGUGGAAGGGGAUUGGCCACGUCAUCAAAGUCCCUGAUAAUUAUGGUGAUGAGAUUGCUAUUGAACUUCGGAGCAGUGUUGGUGCACCUGUGGAGGUGACUCACAAUUUCCAGGUGGAUUUUGUGUGGAAGUCAACCUCAUUUGACAGGAUGCAGAGUGCAUUGAAAACGUUUGCUGUGGAUGAAACCUCUGUGUCUGGCUAUAUCUACCACAAAUUGCUGGGCCAUGAGGUGGAGGAUGUGAUCAUUAAGUGUCAGCUGCCGAAGCGCUUCACAGCACAAGGGCUCCCCGACCUCAACCACUCUCAGGUUUACGCUGUGAAGACUGUGCUGCAGAGGCCACUGAGCCUGAUCCAGGGCCCGCCAGGCACGGGGAAGACAGUGACAUCAGCCACCAUUGUCUAUCACCUGGCUCGGCAAGGCAACGGGCCUGUGCUUGUCUGUGCUCCAAGCAACAUUGCUGUGGAUCAGCUGACAGAGAAGAUCCACCAGACGGGGCUAAAGGUUGUGCGCCUCUGUGCCAAGAGCCGUGAGGCCAUCGACUCCCCAGUGUCCUUCCUGGCCCUGCAUAACCAGAUCAGGAACAUGGACAGCAUGCCUGAGCUGCAGAAGCUGCAGCAGCUGAAGGACGAGACCGGGGAGCUGUCAUCUGCUGAUGAGAAGCGGUACCGGGCCCUGAAGCGCACCGCUGAGAGGGAGCUGCUCAUGAAUGCAGAUGUCAUCUGUUGCACGUGUGUGGGUGCUGGUGACCCAAGACUUGCCAAGAUGCAGUUCCGCUCCAUUUUAAUUGACGAAAGCACCCAGGCCACAGAGCCGGAGUGCAUGGUUCCUGUGGUCCUUGGUGCCAAGCAGCUAAUCCUUGUGGGUGACCACUGCCAGCUAGGCCCAGUGGUGAUGUGCAAGAAGGCAGCCAAGGCUGGGCUGUCGCAGUCGCUCUUUGAGCGCCUGGUGGUGCUGGGCAUCCGGCCCAUCCGCCUGCAGGUCCAGUACCGGAUGCACCCUGCGCUCAGUGCCUUCCCAUCCAACAUCUUCUAUGAGGGCUCUCUCCAGAAUGGUGUCACUGCAGCUGAUCGUGUGAAGAAAGGGUUUGACUUCCAGUGGCCCCAGCCUGACAAGCCGAUGUUCUUCUAUGUGACUCAGGGCCAAGAGGAGAUUGCUAGCUCAGGCACCUCCUACCUGAACAGGACGGAAGCUGCAAAUGUGGAGAAGAUCACCACGAAGCUGUUGAAGGCGGGUGCCAAGCCAGACCAGAUUGGCAUCAUCACGCCCUACGAGGGCCAGCGCUCCUACCUGGUGCAAUAUAUGCAGUUCAGCGGCUCCCUACACACCAAGCUCUACCAGGAGGUAGAGAUCGCCAGCGUGGAUGCCUUCCAGGGACGUGAGAAGGACUUCAUCAUCCUCUCCUGUGUUCGGGCCAAUGAGCACCAAGGCAUUGGGUUUCUAAAUGACCCCAGGCGUCUUAAUGUGGCCCUGACCAGAGCAAGGUAUGGCGUUAUCAUUGUGGGCAACCCCAAGGCGCUGUCUAAGCAGCCACUAUGGAAUCACCUGCUGAACUACUACAAGGAGCAGAAGGUGCUGGUGGAGGGACCCCUCAACAACCUGCGCGAGAGUCUCAUGCAGUUCAGCAAGCCUCGGAAGCUGGUCAACACCAUCAACCCAGGAGCCCGCUUCAUGACGACAGCCAUGUAUGAUGCCCGGGAGGCCAUCAUCCCAGGCUCUGUCUAUGAUCGCAGCAGCCAGGGCCGGCCUUCAAAUAUGUACUUCCAGACUCACGACCAGAUUGGCAUGAUUAGUGCUGGGCCCAGCCAUGUGGCUGCGAUGAACAUACCCAUCCCUUUCAACCUGGUCAUGCCACCCAUGCCACCACCGGGCUACUUUGGACAAGCAAACGGGCCAGCUGCAGGCCGGGGCACUCCAAAAGGCAAGACUGGGCGUGGGGGACGUCAGAAGAACCGCUUUGGGCUUCCUGGGCCCAGCCAGACCAACCUCCCCAACAGCCAGGCCAGCCAGGAUGUGGCAUCCCAGCCCUUUUCCCAGGGUGCCCUGACACAGGGCUACAUCUCCAUGAGCCAGCCCUCUCAGAUGAGCCAACCUGGCCUCUCCCAGCCGGAGCUGUCCCAGGACAGUUACCUCGGUGAUGAGUUUAAGUCACAGAUUGAUGUGGCGCUCUCACAAGACUCCACGUACCAGGGAGAGCGGGCAUACCAGCACGGCGGGGUGACGGGGCUAUCCCAGUACUAGAAGGUGGCGGCGGAAGAGCUAAGCUAUGUGGCUUAGUCCAUCAGCAUCUUAUUCUGGGUAAUAAAAAAUAAAAAUAAACGGAUACCUGUUUUCCACUGCUAAAACUGAAGCACCACUGUGUGAGCAACAGGAGAGGGAGAGGAGCGAGCGAGGGAGAGGAGGAGCCGAGCGGAGCGCGCCCCCUGCUGGCCCGCGGCGGCGGAGGAGCAGAAGGGAGCGGAGGAGGGGCCGGCCCGCCGGGAGCCGCCGCCAGCGAGUCCCUGCCCAGCCCACCUGGAGGCCCCGCUCGCUGCGUCCAAUCGGGGCUGCGGCCAGGGCGGAGGGAGGAAGAUCCUCAUUUCAGAGUAGCCCUUUCCUCUGUUCUUUACUUUCUUUUUCUCUUUUUAUUGAAAGGGGACUACGUUUUAGCAGGAAAAAACUUCGAAUUUCUGUGCCCAAGCAGGCUCCUUGCAGGCGGCGCAGCGCCGGGCAGAGCCCCAGAGAGUGGCAUCUGUCCAUGCUGCAAAACCGCCAAGUUUGCGCUGCCUGUGUCCUAAGAGGGUUUUCAUUUAAAGAAAAUACGGUGUUUUGGGUUUUUCUGUUUGUUUUUCUAAAGAUUUUCAAAGGAGUACUGAAAAACACUUUCCUAAGUUUGUCUCUAAAAUCUUAGUGGUGGACCUGUGAGAUGCCAGAAGCUUCCAGAAACGAAGUUUAAACAAGUCAACAACAGCUGGAGACUUAAGAUCAACACCUGUGACUGGCCUCGAGGAGAAUUUUUGUUUUAGGCUUUAGCUUCCAGGGUUCUCGCUGCAGGGCCACAGGUCUGAGGGGCCACCUGGCCGAGCCAGAAGCGGCGGGUUCUCCGAUGGACUCUGAGAUGCAGAGCUGCUUCCUGUGGUGGACUCGCGGAGGGCUUUGGCUGCCCAUCAGGAAGGUGCUCACAGCCCCACUGGAAGGGGCCUGGGCCAGGACUGGCCAUGAGGCCAGGGGGCAGGAGGGUGGCCACUUCCCAGGCCAGUGGCUACUUCCCAGGGUCCUUCCAAGGAACCAAGAGGGCCUGUUCCAUCCUCUGGAGGCACCGACAGUCCCUGUGGAUAUGCCGAACCACCCCACCUUCAAGUUUGGAGCCUCUACCUGCUGUAACAGCACCACUGACCUGGGGUGGUUUCUGUUUAUUUUUGGGAGGUGGGGGGAAGGGAACAAGUCAGAAAUAAGUUGUUUCUGUGCUCAAGGGGCUUGGAGGAGUUUGACAUUGGUUGGCAGGGGAGACCUCUGCCUGGGUCUGUUGCUUUAGUCUCAAGAGCUGCUCCAGGUCCUUGCACAUCAUAGGUUGGGGUGUCCUCUUUGGUGACCUAACUCCCCAGCCUCCCCCUCCCAAAGCCUCCAGAUUCCAGCUUCUAAACAGGAUGGAUGGGGAUGCCAGGCCACCUUUCUCUGGCAAGGACUCUUUUAUUUAUUACCAUUGCUAUAGGGCUUUCGGUUUCCCCUUCUUUUAGUAGUCCCUGGAGGCAUAGAUCUGGGUAGCUUCCCACUGUGACCCUGUCUGCGGUUGGAAUGCUUUGCCUCUGCUCUGUGUCCUUUGCUGUGUUCUCCACCUUCCUGGCAGCACUCUUGAGUUUUACAAAUUGAGGAGCAUCUGUACCAAGGUGAUGUAACUUUUGAUUUUUGGUCAAUUUGUUUUAAGCUCUUUGUCACCAAUAAAAAAAUAA